CCAGACCACCCUGCCUGAGUUGAGGGAACCACCCAUAUGGACACACUGCAUAGGCACACAUGACUAACCGGUGACUGCGAAAAAUGUUCUCAUGAAUGACAUUGAAGACCGUGAUGGGAAAGCAUAUGACCUUCCGGACUUUGGUUGGCUGCAUGGGUCUCUACUUAUGGUAGCAAACGGAGAGCCCUUGACAUCUUCCCUCGAGAUCAAAAUCGUCGAGUUCUUGUACCAAUCAGUCAUGCCCUUCACAUUAUACCCUUCUCGUGUUUUUUAUUACAAAGUCAUCAGCCUAUUUCUUGAGCGUUACCCGCACCUUGCUGACUCCAUUGGAUCCGGAUUUAGCUCUUGGCUUGUUGCUCUCCGCAAUAAGUUCAAGAACGAGCGACGCAAGGUGCAGAACCAUGAACAAGUGCAACAAAAUCGCGCCAAAUUUGCAAGCAAGCGAAGUGGAACUGAUGCUGAGCAGCCUAGUGAAUUGCGGAGGACACAACGAGAGUCUGAUGUUCAUACUGCCAGUCAGCAUGAAGAUGAAACAAGUAUAGAGAGACAUGAGCAGUGGCUAAGAAGCGAGGGCAAAAAGACAGACCCUGAUGAGUUCCAAAUCAAAGUGAGAAUGGCGGCAACCCACCGAAGCAGAGCUGCAGACCUCGCCACUCUGCCUGUGACUGUUACUGUAGUAAAAUACCCGUACAUCAUGGCCUCCGGCAGGUUCUUCAACGAGUUUGAGAGUGCCACAAGUAAAGAAGCCCUCCAGCCUGUGCAGCGUGGUGUCGAGGAAGUGAUCAGGCUCACUGUUAGUGGUAUUAUUCGUACUGGCAGCCCGCUGCAGGAAAAGGCGAAACACAUCCCACACCUGGAAGAUGUAGGCGCAACACGAAAGAAACACAUGCUUGCUGUGGCUGCUUUGAACAUCCUGGGCUGUUCCUUGCGAGAAACAAGUGCUCUGUCACACCUCUUUGUGCAUGAAAACGUGGACCCAAUGCCCAUGAUCCCGUGCGUCAGGUUCACAGGGGACUCACUUGACGAAGCACAGCAUAUGUACCUCCAUGUUGAUGGAACACGGCUCUUCCGGGUGAUGGAUGCCGAAGAAGGCAUUGCAGCAAUAUUUGCUGCAUAUUGGAUCUUUCAAGCCCAGUAUGGAAAAGAAGUGACCAACGUCAUGACGUUCAUUGAACGUCAGUGGUACAAGUUGCACUCUACCAAGGCAAAGCAACAAGUGAUCAAGCUAGUCAGCAAAGUGGUGAGGGCUACCACGUAAGACAGUGCGGAACUCAAAUGUGGAACUGUGUUUAAGUUCACCAGUGCAUUGUUCGGGCUUUCCUUUUUUGUCUUCACAUUUUUUUAUAGUUCUGUCGUUUGAUAGUUAACAUUUAGAACAUUUUAUAGAACACAUUUGUUCAUUUUCA